CAUUCCCAUUUCUCAUACACUGGACCCAUGACCUGAAUGUCUCAUUCUCAGCUUACUCUAAGGCAUAGCACUUCCAUGGAGAAGCAUCUCCUCUAGCAUCUCAGUUUUGAAGUUUCCCUAGUGAUUCUGUCCAGUUGGGUGUUACAUCUUAGGUCACCUUCUUGGGCAGCCACUUUAGGCUUAGAAAUAUUGACAUACCAAUAUUUUUAUCUGUAUUUCAGAUUUGCCAAUCCUGCAGCUGCAAGAGAGCAAGGAGGGCAGGGUUCCCUUAUCUUGGCUCUUCCCAACUCUAUAUAAGCAAAGAUUCUGCUUUCAGUACAUUAAAACCAGACUUCACCCUGUUUCCUUCCCCAUUGUUCACUAGUUUUGGCUUUACCCAAUAACAGGUACUAUUUUACUUUGUUCUACACUCAGAUUAAGUAUCAAACUUACCUAAGAUCAUCACAGGGGACCUAGUGAAAAACAAAAAAAUACUUCCUUGCAUUUGAACCAGCCAGAAAAAAAUAAAGUUAUAAUUAAAAGACUUGGGACAGAAAUAUGAGUGUCUUUUUUCUGUAGGAUUCAGGUAACCUGGGGAUUUCAGUGCCAUAGGACAACAGAAAGACAAACACCAUGACUCAAAGGGCUGGAGCCUUUUUCCACCACUUAAAGCAAGCCUCACUCAGCUGCUCCAAGUGGCCAGUUUUAAACUUUCAAUCAAACCAUGUAAUACAAAAUCCAGUUUCAGACCCAUGCAGGAAAAAAAAAGAAACCAAAGCAUUACAGUCAUACGGUACCUUUCAGCCCAAAAGAACCCAUGCCAUGAAUCAUCUUAUCCAUCACAGAAUGAAUCACCUCAGCAUCGAAACACAGCAGCUGUUUAUCACCCUACAAGAACAUUAAGAUGGGCUCUCUUAUGCAGCCAAAACAGCAAGGAAAACCAUGUAGACAAAUGUAAUAACCUGGAAUGCACAAGUUUAUCCUCCCUACCUUUAUAAUGAGUACCAGAGGGACUUUAGGGACCACAAGCAGCAGAUGCUUCCAACUGCCAAUGCUAACAGUGCUUUCCACAUCACUUAAGCGAUCCUUGAAAGCCAAAAGCAUUUGACCUGGACCUGCUUCGCUUUGCUCAGUUGACAGGCUAAGAGCUGGCUACUGCACACUGACCACAAUUGCUAUGUCACAUCCGAAGUAAUUUCUGCCACAUUUAGAACCACAAUUAAUUCCAGAAACAGAGUAACAGCGAUGCAUUGAGUUGUCCAAAAAUACGUAAAUUCAUCCCUCCCUACUUGUGCAAAGAAUGCAGCUAAUUGCAGUCAUGUACCUGUCCUGAUGGUUGGCUGUUCAUUAAUAAAUUGCAAUCACGCUCUCUCAAAUAUGGCUCUCUCAGACCUUGACUCUCAGUAUCUCGGAGAGAUGCUACAUGGCUCUUGGAAGUGUCUUAUCAAAAUUGGAACCAUUUUCUAUCCAAAUAUACUGAAGUUUUCACUCAAAAUCCAAAAUCUCAUUGUUACACCACACUCAUCACUGUGGUAUUGGAGUAUUGCCAUUUCAAGCCGAAUUCCAGCCCCAGCUGGAUUCAAUGAAGAGUCACUUUGGGUACGGGGACACAGAGUUAACACAGGCCAGGAUCAUGCAGCGAGUCCUGCGUGGGCUCAUAAGACGUUUGUUGCAGAACUUGGAGCUCAGCUCCUGCUGAAUGAGAAGGGUCUUGUGGCCAAAGGACAUUAAUUAGGAGAUUGCUAAAGCCCUGGGGCUCCACUCCAGAGCACUCACACAAGCUUGACACUUGUAUAAAGUGAGCGUAUCUGGCAGGACAGUGGUGUGGGUUCUGCUGUUUUCUGCAGAGGUUCUGUGACAGAGGGGGACAGCGGAGGAGAUUACACUGAUUGCACUGUGUCCUGGGAGUGUACGUGCUCAAUGGUUUCUUCUAUCCCAAAGCAGUAUGAAGUAUGCUGUAAAAACAAUCUCAUUUGUACAGCACUGUUCUGCUCAUGCAUGUGAACCAAAGUAAGUUAAGAAUGGUUCAGUAACGCAGCAAAAUGGGGACAAAGAGGAGAAUAAGCCCUGAGUUUCAAUGGCUAAAACAUCAACCUAAAUGUCCUGUACUUCUCAUUCCACCAUAACUCAGCUCAUCUACACCACACAAGCUGUGUUUUUAGCUUACCAAACCUCUCAGACUUUCUUUUUCUCUGGGCACUGGCAGUCCCAGAGCUCCGCUCAGGUGCAAUGACUCUCUUCCCAGACAAUAUGUUUGGCCAUUUACCGACCAGCACAUGGUCUGACUGAUCCAGAGAUAUCAGAGCACUUCUAAAAACAAGAUGUUUUCCCCAAAACACUCUCAGAUAAUCAAACAAAUCAAAGGGCAACCUAACUGGAUCCAUAAAAGCAAAACAUGCAGCUGCCAAAGAACUGCUGUUAUCUCUGGCAUGGCUGGGUCACUGGGACAUUUCACAGAAACAAAAAUGUAUUUCCUCUGUAGACCCAAUUAAAGUACCUCAGGGGGAAUGUUUCAUGUGCUCAAGACCUGAAGCCAAAGCUACCUAACUGGCUUGUAAGGAAUAAGGUUUCUUCCAGGGGUUGAUGGAAAGCACGGAGCACCCUAUGCUGCACUCAUUAAAAUUAGGCUUAGCAGCAGCAUUUGACCUUGUAAAUACCUGCCAAAAGGGUGCUCUGUCCUCCCAGGUAGACAUAGGCUGCCUCCCCCUGCCAGAGCUCAGAUAACAUUGAAGGGCACUGCAGGAUUCAGCCCUCCACGAAAGAAGCUACUGACCUCUCCUGAUUCACAGACAAGGUUUGGGGAAGAGAGCACAAUCUCUGUCGUAAAAGGUCAGCUAUACCUUUUCCUCCUGGGUCUGACAAGGUUCCCUCUACACAGCUGGGUCAGCUUUACCUCAGAGGGAGGAAGACUUUGCUGCCCGUGCACAGGUCUCUGGGGACAGAUGGAGGCUGUAGGUUACUCUAUGUGCAGGAUAUUGCUGCUUUUCUUACUGAUCUGGCUGGGACAAGGGAGGCAGAUGGCUCCCCCAGGUUUUGUAGAGAGUAGUUGCCGCUCUAGGAUUUUUUGGAUGAAACUGAAUAAACUCUUGCUCCAGGGAAAGUUCUUCCAGCUUGAAAUUAAUGAUCCUUAUGCUGGCCCCCUUCUGCUGGACGAGAAACUAGCAUCUCGCUGUGGCUAUGUCCUGUCAGAAGACGUGUGGGGCAACCCUGUCUUCCGUGCGUCGGUGCUUGGCUGCCACGUGGCCAACGAGGCAGAUGAGCUGUUUUCACUGACUGUGAACAUCAAGGUCUCCUCAUUUCUGAGCAUGAGGGCAGCUGUGACCUACACCUACCCUAUGUACUGCUCCUAUUCCUCCUGGGCUUCAAGAGAAAUCAUGUGUGAAGAAAACUACAUGGAGGUGUCAGUGAAGACUGAUGUCCCUGCAGUUUCAAAUGACUACACUGUAGCAUGGAUGUCGGCGCUGCCAGAGACUCAAAAUGUUGCAUACCAGCUAUGGCAACUGAUGUUUGUUUCUCCGUCAGGGAGAAAGAGAAUAAUGGUAAGCGAUGCAGCAAAACUGGGCUACAGCUUUAAUAACACGCUGUCGCGAGUGUACCUCCGUGCGCCCUAUCACAGCAACGAGUCUGACAUCAGCGUGGUUAGUGGUGUCAAUAUGAACAUGGUCACUUCCACUUCCAUGUACAGGCAGCGGUGGCUGCUUUUGCUGAUUGAUACCACUGUCUCCUGUCCUGUUGAUGGCAUCAGUUUCACUGACACUGCGCUAACAUGGACUGUGCCAAGUGUUAUCCCCACAUUAGUGGUUCAAGAAUCCACCUUUCUGUCUAAAAACAUUUUAAUGGGAGUUGAUGACCAAGUCAUAGUAAACCCAGAGGAGAAAAACUACUUACUGGAGCACAACGAGACGCUCAUCAGAGUAACCAUCCCUAUUGGAGCAGAAGGAGGAAAGCUAAAGAGCUCCAUAUCUGGUGGUGUAUAUGGAAUCAUUUACAGUAUUGACUUGUUUUUGGAGCACACAUGGACAGAUGCAGAUUGGCAAACCACAAAGUAUACAGUCAUCAAAUCCAUCACCACGCCUUUCAUGCCACAAAUACCAACUGUUAUCAACAACACUCUGCCAGAGGAAAGGCUAUUUAAUGUUGCAUUUGGACACUUUCUUCCCGAUGUCUCUCUAGUGGCAAUUGUAAUAGGAAAUGUGCCAUUUACCCUGAGGGAAGCACAGCACCAAGGGUUUAAAAUUUAUGAAACUCCCUUUUCUAAUAGAACGAAAGGAUUUAUCCUGGAAGUCUCUUUUGAUGAUCCAUAUGUUCUAAAGGAGUAUGUGAACAGAAAUGAAACAAAAUAUACCCUCCUCAUCAACUACACUCUAAGUGUGGGUCUGGAGAUGACACUCUAUUAUCACUCAGCAGAGGUGGAGUGUGUGAUUGCUGGUAUUGAACUACCAGAAGCAGUUGGUUACUGUGAUGAAGAAAACAUGUAUCUAGCCAUUCCUACUUUUGGCUUGCAACAGUACUGGAACCUGUAUCUUGGUAAUAAGCUCCUGAACCGGCAUGUUGCACUUACCAACGGGUAUCUCGCAGUUACCAAUUCUACACACCUGAUCUUGCAAAUACCUCUGUUUGCUGCAGGAGUUAUCUACGAGGAAGUGUCCUUUCAGAAAAUUAAAGCAAGGUUUGAUGUUGACCUAAAGAAAGUGAGAACUAUGGACACCUUACAGAUGUUCUCCAUUAGAUGCAGUUUCAAUUCUUCAGAGUUUAUAGUAUGCCACCCAGAUGGUACCAUAAUGGUAUCUGCUCAAAUGAAGACAGUUCCUGCCAUUGAUAUGAGUAAAACGAAACUAAGGGAUAGCUCUUGCAAGCCUAGAGAGCAUGAUGAACGACAUGCCUUCUUCAAGUUCCACGUCACUACCUGUGGCACUUCAGCAAGGUUUGAAGGUGAUCAUAUUAUUUAUGAAAACGAAAUCUCUUAUGAGAAAGAGACUCUCCCAGAACAGAGCAUACCAACAAUCACAAGAGAUCCAGACUACAGACUAACAGUCCUGUGCUACUAUCGAGCAAAAGAGACCAUAGUGCUAGGUGCCUUUGCUAGUGAUCCAUCCACAUCACCUCCCUUUGGCUCUGGUACAAUGAUACCAAGAUCAAAUGUUGCAGUACACAGAAGGAUAAGACAAGCCCUGAAUGUAGUUUCAAGAGUGUCCAAAGAUGAAUCUUUCAUGGAAUUCUAUGAGCCAAACAUGACAAUACUCAAGCAACAUGUGGAGCCUGUGUUUCUCGAGGUGGAGCUGAAAGACAAGAGCCCCGACACUGAGUUAUACUUGGAAAACUGCUGGGUAACUGGGUCUCUAGACUCCAACAGCAGCCCAAGAUGGAACAUCACUGUGGACGGGCAAGUAGCUAUUGAAUGACCAAAACGCUCAUCAGCAAAGCCCUAAUUUCUUUUUGAUCUGUUGAUUCCUUCUCUCAAACAGGUAUGAGAUUAAUGGCAGUGAAUAUGCUGCAGAGUUCUGUCCAGUAGCAGUUAGCCCCAGGGUAAGACACCCUUCUCAUUUCAAAAGACUAGCAGUAAGGACCCUGGCUCAUCAACUGGAACAGGUGUAUGUGCACUGUUUGGUGGCAGCAUGCUCUCCUGCCAACACGCUACCUGGCAGCCCCUGCAGAGGACAGCGCAGCUCAAGCAGGAAGAGGAAGGCCUUUCCAGGUCACUCUGCAGCCAGCCUCCAGGGCUACGUACUUGCUGGACCAGUCUGGAUUGUCAAUCCAGAUCUAAGAUGAUGCAUGUAAACUGAAUUUGUACCUGAAGGCUUUGCUGUGCUGCUGCUUUCCAAACAGUGCCACCAGGCAUGGGAGCUACAUCUUUCAGUGACCACCACAACUAUCUUGAAGUGAAAAGGCCAGACAGUGGGACUCAGAACACCACCACAACACUGGAAAGUGCUAGGGUCUGCUAACAGGAUAAGUAGUUAUAACCUGUUGCCUCUCUGAAGUGGCUACAAAACAAAACAUCAGAAAAUACCCCAACGCUGAAAAAUAACACUUCUUGUUCCUUCUUGUGGUUGAAAUACGGACUUGCAGAUCACGAAAUUUAUUCCAACCCUGAUUAAAGCUGUUUCUUGUAAUAUUUCAUAAAGUGACUGCCAAUCCUUUCAUGUGAAUAUAAAGUGCAAAUCUGAAAAGUCAAAUAAAAAUAUGUACAAAGUAAUAUAA